GUUUAUUUAUAAUUUAUUUAUUAUUUUAUUCUAAAACGGUUUUUUCGGUUGAAUCACUGGUUGGACCGGUUGGACCAGUAAACCAGUGAACCAGUGACUAGAACGGUUCGAUGACCGGUCCGGUUUUCAAAGCCUCCAUUACACAAAUCACGUACCUACUCACUCAUACUAUGAGGUUAUUAAACUCCAUUCCAAUCCAUUUGGUGCAGCUCUUCAAGUCUUGAACUCAAAUGGAGUUCUAUUUUGUUUUUGGGCCUAACUGACUUGCUAAGCCCAGCCCAACCCAUCUGAGAAUAAGAUCAAAAAAUUAAAAACGGGACUCAGCUGAGAACAAGAAGUAGUGAGCAACAAAGGAAGGAAAACCGCUUCCUCCCGUGCCGCCGUCGUAGGGGUUGCUUCCGCUCUGUCGUUCUUCCGUCGCUGCCUCUGUUCUAGGUAUUCUGAUAUAACAAGCGCAACAGUGACAAGUUUUUCACCUGAUAACCAACUUAGGAGAAAUUUUUUAAGCAAUAGGUUACACAUCAUGGUUAAUGCCAUUAAAGGAGUUUUCAUUUCCUGUGACAUACCUAUGGCUCAAUAUAUCAUCAAUAUGAAUGCUUCACUUCCUGCAUCUGACAAAUUCAUCAUACAUAUUUUGGAUAGUACCCACAUGUUUGUUCAACCCCAGGUGGAACAAAUGAUAAGAAGUCAAAUUGCCAAGUUUAGAGAGGACAAUACCUAUGUCAAGCCCAAUUGAUUCCAAAAGGGCUUCUAUUUCAUCAUCAUAUCAUGUUAUACCUGCAUUGAACUACAUUGAACAUGUUUACACUUUUUUUUUAAUUGAAUCUGUUAAGGCCCUUUCUUGUAACCAAACUUCUUCAGAGGGAAAUAUGAUGUAUUGUUGUUAAUAUUGAAUUUGUGUGCUUUACACACCAAAGGAACCAUGCACUUUAGAGGUUCCAUCUUCUAUAUGCUUGUUUUUGCUUAUUGUUCUUUCAUGCAUGAUUAAUCUUCAUUGCAGCCAUUUUUUGGCCAAAGAAGAAACCAAACCAUAUAAAUCUUGAUAGGGGUGAGGGCUAAUUCCUUGUGUUUCAAACUUACAAAAAAUGUAAACAUUCUUUUAAAGCUCUCUGCAACUUUUGUGCACUUUGAAUUGUGUUGCAAUUUCCUUUAAAUAGUGAAUGUAUUGAUUCCAAGUAUUGACAUCCGAGUAAAAUCCGAAUAAUAAUCAAAUCAAAUAUUUAAACAGGACUUGGUAUAUUAUAUAGUAAAAUUAAAUACUGUUAUUGAUCACAUAUAGCUCAUACAGCACAACUCCAAAACCUACAAACUACAACAUCACCAUUACUGAGAUUUGGUGCAACAAGAAUAGGUUUAAUAGAUAUGUAGUGCACAUAACAACAGUAUAUUGCUACUAAUUAGUUGCACUAGUUUCCUCAACCUUUGGAGCAUCUUCUGCCACAGCCACUUCCUUUUGUUGAGCUUCUUGGUUAUGAUCAUGAUGAUGGUGAUGGUGGUGGCGGCGACAUGGAUGGUGGCCAGCAUAACAUGCCCUAUGGCAGUGGAAAUUUCUUGCACCUCUACUCAUUAGGGCUCCAAACAUGGUUCCAAAGCCGAAAGCAGCGCCUAGCUUAAGAGGAGUACUCAUAUUAGUUGUAAUAUAUUAAGGGUUCAAGAUGACAAAAAUCUUAUAUGAAAGUGGAAUUUAAUUAACUGAAGUGAAGUGUAUGAUGGUAAAGUGAAACAAAGUAUGAUAUAUAUAAUGAAUGAGUAUUGAGUAUUC